AUGAUUAUCAGAAUUUGUAUACUCUGGCAACCUAUUUUGAAAAGGGGAUCUUGUUCCAGUGGAUUAAGAAUGACGAUCCCCGCCUUGGAGAGGCUGAUAGAUUUGCAAGAAGGGCAAUACGGAAAGGUAUCCAAGAGAAGGAUCCAGCCGCCAAAGCUUACGACAACUUGCGUGUACACAUUACAUAUGAUAGCAAUACCAAGGGACACAAACCCACCGAUGCAUACCAACCGUCGCCUAUCGUUGAAUUUCUCGAAUACGAAUUCGACAACU